UCUCGGAAUUGUCCAGAGAACAUUUCUCGCGGCGUCAAGGCCCCGGAUGUCUACAGCUCUGCGGCGGAAGUAGUGUUUCUGGCUGUUGGCAGCACACGACCCGGCUACAUAGGAUAAGAGAAGGACGGUUCUGAAGAGGUUGCUUUAUUAUACCAUAGGCAAAAUGUCAAAUCCCACGCUUCAGAGUAAACCUAUGAACCCAGAUAACCCUCGGGCUUUCUUUGAUGUGGAUGUAGGAGGAGAGAGAGUUGGGCGCAUUGUGAUGGAACUGUUUGCCGACGUUGUCCCUAAAACUGCUGAAAAUUUCCGAGCCCUGUGCACUGGAGAAAAGGGAAUAGGUGCAACGACUGGAAAACCACUCCAUUUUAAAGGAUGUCCGUUCCACAGGAUUAUAAAGAAGUUCAUGGUCCAAGGUGGAGAUUUCUCCAAUCAAAAUGGUACUGGAGGGGAGAGUAUUUACGGAGCAAAGUUUGAAGAUGAAAACUUUCACUAUAAGCAUGACAAAGAAGGAUUGCUGAGUAUGGCCAAUGCUGGCCCAAACACAAAUGGCUCUCAGUUCUUCAUCACCACAGUACCAACUGAACACCUUGAUGGGAAACAUGUAGUCUUUGGACAAGUAUUGAAAGGCAUGGGUGUGGUCAAAAUCCUUGAAGCAAUGGAGACUAAAGAUGAUGCACCUGUCAAGCCUUGUGUUAUAGCUGACUGUGGGGAGCUUAAGCAAGGAGAUGACUGGGGAAUUGCUCCAAAUGAUGAAGAAGGGGAUACCUAUCCUGAUUUUCCAGAGGACUCAGAUAUUCAUUUCAAAGAUGUUGACAAAAUCCUGUCUGUUGCUGAAGAUGUGAAGAAUAUUGGAAACAAUUACUUCAAAUCUCAAAACUGGCAUAUGGCUAAUAAGAAAUACUCUAAAUCACUAAGGUAUCUGGAGGUGUGUGGAGAUGUAGUCGAUGAUGAGAAUGAACAGAAGAAGCUUGAGCCUGUAGCCUUGAGCUGCAUUCUGAACAUCGCUGCCUGUAAGCUUAAGAUGCAACUCUGGCAGGAAGCCAUCGACAGCUGCACUGAGGCACUUGAAUUAAACCAGACAAACACUAAAGCACUGUAUAGAAGAGCUCAAGCAUGGCAAGGAUUGAAGGAAUAUUCUCAUGCACUGGCUGAUCUUAAAACUGCUCAAGAGAUCUCACCAGAAGAUAAAGCUAUUGGCAAUGAGAUGCUAAGAGUGAAACAAAAAGUAAAGGAAGAAAAAGAGAAGGAAAAGAAAGUUUAUGCAAAAAUGUUUGCUUGAAGACUGUUGAAGAUAAGAAGCUGUGUGAAGCUUGUGUCCUCAUUUUUCACCAAUGUUUGAUGUUCACAGUGUUUAAAUGGUGCAUAUCUCAUUGAUGGAAGAAACAGGCAAAACAGCAAGUUUUGUUUUUCUUUGCAGCGCUAAAAAGAAAAAUGUAACUGAACAAGUACAAUUAUGAUAAUUGUUCAUCUUUAAACUAUGUACUCAAAAAUCCACAUAGAUAUGAUUAAAAAUCACUCAUAGGAAGGAUUUGAAAAAAUACCAGUACAAAAAGACAGUAGUCAAGAAUCAAGAGAUUUAAGAAUACCAUUUUGGCUGCCUACUUAAGUCAAAGUAAUUUAUUUAGGAUUUUGGAUGUUUAAAAGACAGGAGGACGUUUUUAAUUAUACAGAUUAAGGAUGGCAUGGCAGUUAGUGCUGCUGCCUCACAGCUUUUGGAUGGAUUCGAUUCCUGCAUUCUCCCCAUUUUUUCUGGUUACUCUGGUCCUUUUUCCAAAGCCAUGCUUGCUAAGUUUAUUCAUGUCUUUAAAUUGUCCCUGUGCUGGAGUGGCAGCAAGGCUCGGGAUUGCCACACCUUUACCAGGAAUAAUAGGUUUAUAAUGAAUUAUUUGAAUGAAUAUUCUGUCUUAAUUUAGGAUUUGUUUUUUGGUGCUUAUUUAAAAAUGUUUUGGGGGGAUUAAAGUCUGAUUUUUGCAUUUUUUACCUUGCCUUUUUUAGUUUGUGCAUCUUUUCUUUUAUGAAUGAUAAAGUGUAUAAUACUUUUAAACACUUUGUUUCUGGUUAUACCUCUAUACCUCUAUAUAUUUUUAUACCCAUCCUAGAUUGGCGAUCUAUGAAUGUGUUGGUGACUGAAAAAGCUGAGAUGGGAUCCACAGAAAAUUAGUGUAAGAGUGGAACAGCAAUGAGGGGGAAGGAAAAACAUCUUGCUAAUAUACCCAAUGCCCCAAAACUAUAAUGCCUUUUAAAAUUGUCCAGUUUUUUGUUGUUUUUUUUAGACUGAAAGUGUUCAGCAGUACUAAAGCAUGUUUUUUUUUUCCAUAGUGCAUUUUUAUAGCAACUGAACUGAAUUCUGCACUAAAAUUUCCCUUUUCCACAGUGAAUUGUGAUAGUAGUGCACUGUUCCAGUGGUUCAGUGUAACUAACCAACAUUUUCUUCAUUAUUUUGAUAGCUUCAGUGCAUGUGCUGGUCCUCAGAUCUAAAAUGUUUUUUUUAAAACACGUAAGCUUGUAAGGAACUGUUAGGGACAGGUGUAAAAUACAAGUUGGCAAGAGUUGAACAGCUGCUGUUAAAAUUGCACUGGGAAAAAGUUUGUGAAGGCAUUUUAAACAUAAUAACGACUUAUGUUGUUAGAGUGUUGGCUGAAUAAAAAAACAUCUGUUUCA